UUGGGGGUUUUGUUUGUUUGUUUUAGGUUGGCGAUAAGGUAAUAGUACUGGCUAAGUCGGGACUCUGGCAAGAAGUCGUGAAUGUGCCAGCUAAUCAGACAUGGUUGAUGCCUGAGGGAAUGAGCUUCGAGGAAGGAGCCGCUUUUCCUGUCAACUACAUUACUGCCUACAUGAUCCUCUUUGACUUUGGAAACCUGAGACCCAACCAGAGUGUUCUCAUCCACAUGGCUGCAGGUGGUGUGGGAACUGCUGCCAUUCAGCUGUGCAAGACCGUAGAAAAUGUCACCAUUUUUGGCACAGCAUCUGCCUCUAAGCAUGAUGCACUCAGGGAGAGUGGGGUUGCUCACCCUAUUGACUACAGAACGAUGGAUUAUGUAGAAGAGGUCCGGAAAAUCUCUCCCAAAGGUGUUGACAUCGUCAUGGACCCACUGGGAGGAUCUGACACAUCCAAAGCGUUUCACCUCUUGAAGCCAAUGGGCAAACUCAUAACUUACGGAGUCUCAAACCUGAUCACUGGGCAGAAGAAGAACCUCAUGGCUGUGGCUAAAACCUGGUGGAACCAGUUCAGCAUCAAUGCCUUGCAGCUCCUACACCAUAACAAGGCUGUGUGCGGCUACAACCUUGGAAAUAUGGAGGAAGAGUAUGAGCUUCUUGGAGGUGUUAUAACCAAGCUGGUUAACCUGUACAGCCAAGGCAAGAUCAAGCCCAAGAUAGACUCUGUAUGGCCCUUUGAACAGGUGGCAGAUGCCAUGAGGCAGAUGCAAGAGAAGAAGAAUGUUGGGAAGGUCAUCCUAGUUCCUGAAGUACCGAAGGAAGAAUCCAAGAAAGAAGAGAACUAAUGAGGAGAGAGAUGUGUGCAGAUUGUGAAUUCAUGGUUUACCUCCCUGAUCUCUUUGGGACCUGGAAAUGGACAGUUCAGUAGCUUUCAUCUUUGUCAAUACAGGAGCAUCGUGGUUAAAGUUCAGAUGAGGUUUGCAUGCUCUUGUCAUGACUGGCCCUUUGCUAGGUAUGCCUCCUGCCCUAGCUUAGCUUUAUGUUUUGAAGCCUAUUUCACACACUUUUCUAAUCAAUUGUUUCUCUUCUGAAAUUCCAAGCUAAUCUUAUUUUCCUCUGGCAGUGCAACUGAAGCUUCCAGGCAGCUAGUAAUUAGCAACUGCCUAGCCUAUCUAUGUAAAACGAAAAUGUGAAACGAAUGUGAUAGCAGCUGCCAAGUAUCUCCACAGAAACUGAGCCCAUGUAGUAGCACUUGCCCUGUCACCUGUGAGAAACACAUUCAGCAAAAGAAUGGGCCAAACUGAGGAAGCUUCUUAGGUAGCCAGAGGAAAAGUGUGGCUGGCCUAGUCUUGUUCUAGCACUGGCUACUGUGCAAUUACACUUUC